UUCUAUCAAACUCCACAGUCCUGCUCCAGUCCACAGCUGUCUAACGGUCCUCUCUCCUCGUGUCCUCUCUUUACCAGCACAUAGCCAGCCAUCAUGUACGGAAUGUACAGCGGCAGCAGCAGCAGCAUCUCUUCAGGUCCAGUAAUAAGGCAGAGCCGCAGCUUCACCUCCAGUGUGCCUCACAAGGCACACAGUGUGUCGGCGCUCAGCUUCAGACAGGGCCCCCGCAUCUCCUCCACCCAAGUGCGCACCAUCUCCUCUGGGUUUGGGGGUGGCAUGGGGGCCAGCAGUGGGCUUGGCGGUGGCUUUGGUGGCGGCUUUGACCUGUCCAAUGCCCUAGACCAGAGCAGCGUCCACCUGAAUGAAAAGGCCACCAUGCAGAACCUAAAUGACCGUCUGGCCUCUUACCUGGAGAAGGUGCGCUCUCUGGAGGCAGCCAACGCCAAGCUGGAGAAGCAGAUCAGAGAGUACUAUGAGCAGAAGGGCCCUGCAGCUGAGAGGGACUACAGCAACUACUGGGCCAUCAUCAACGACCUGAAGGACAAGAUUGCAGCCGCCACCAUUGGUAAUGCCAACAUCCUGCUCCAGAUUGACAACUCCAAGCUGGCUGCUGAUGACUUCAAAACCAAAUUCGAGCAUGAGCAGAUGAUGCGCCAGUCAGUGGAGGCUGACAUCGCCAACCUGCGUCGCCUCCUUGACCAGACUACCCUGACUAAGGCUGACCUGGAGAUGCAGAUCGAGGGCCUGCAAGAUGAGUUGGCCUACCUCAAGAAGAAUCACGCAGAGGAGCUGGCAGCACUGCGCUCUCAGCUUACUGGCACAGUCAAUGUGGAGGUGGACGCUGCACCCGGGCAGGACCUCAACAAAGUCUUGGAAGAUAUCCGUGCUCAGUAUGAAUCCAUCAAUGAAAAACACCGUCGGGACCAGGAGGCCUGGUUUAAUGAUAAGUCUGCAGCCCUGAGCAAAGAAGUGGCCAUCAGCACAGAGACAAUCCAGACGUCCAAGACAGAGAUCGGUGACCUGAGGCGCACACUGCAGGGCCUGGAGAUUGAGCUACAGUCUCAGCUCAGUAUGAAAGCGGCUCUGGAGAACACACUUGCAGAGACAGAAGCUCGUUACAGCGCUAUGCUCGCCGGUUUCCAAAACACAAUCAACAUGCUUGAAGGCGAACUCGCCAACGUGAGGGCUAGCAUCGAGCAGCAGGGACAGGACUACAGGAUGCUGUUGGACAUUAAGACAAGGCUGGAGCAGGAGAUCGCCACCUACAGGAGUCUGCUGGACACAGAAGAGUCCAGACCAAUUGGUUCAGGGGGCUCAAAAACCACAGUCACAACCACCACUGUGCGCACCUCCAGUUAGGAGGUCCAGCUGGCAGGACAAGCUGUUCUCAGGCACACACGCACAUGAAAACACUCUAAGAAAAGCUGUUGAGAGAGAUGGCUGAAGACUGAAAAGAUGACGACAAGUUGAAAAUGACGCAUGUGUGAAUUGAAGUACAUGAGCAAAGAAGGAGACAUGCCUUACUUAUUGUGUGUGUUUGUGGGUGACCUGUCUGAAAAAUAAAACAGCUGGUGAAUACAA